AUGAGUGACAAGAUGAAUCAGUUCAAUUUAUUUCCUGCUCCAUCCCCUCCGGUAGAAAGAUCCAACAACCCAUUUCGCAAAGCGGGCAAGAAACUAGCCGACAAGACAGAGUCAGAGUCCCCGAUCCCCCUGCAAGAGAUCAAAGAUCCCAGCAAGACCGAAUCCUUGCUGCUCCAGAUUAUCGAAGAUACUCAAAAAGCUUUACCACCGCCACCACCUAAGAAUGAAAGCUCCAAUUCCUCACCUGUACAGGGUGGAAUGGCGGGAACAUCCCGUGAUGCGAGAUCACCUCAGUCCAUACAUGAUCAAAAUCGGCAAGCGAAGAGAUCAAAUCACCAAGCUUUGCCCUCGCAUGGUAGUCAUAGCAGCAGGAAUAGCAAUCAGACCGCGGCUUCAACAAUCUCACCACAAUCUUCACAGUCUUCAGUAUCCCCAGUUGCAAUGAGGUCAAUAUUUCCCCAAUUCGACCCGAAACUGCCUUUGAAUCAGCAAACAUAUCUUCCGCAGCCCUCAGAUAACCCACUGCCUCAAUUGCCUCAACCGUCGCAGUUCCCGAUAAAAAGCUCGACAAAGACUCGAAAGCCUCCUAAGCUCACGUUGUUGACAAGUACAGAGAUUGACCAUGUUCUCGGACCGAGGACCGUGCCUGCUAGUGUCCUUGACUUUCCUACGAGUGAAUCUGAAAGUGUUGAAUAUUCAUCAACUGAGGAGAUGAAGAUGUUAUGGGAAACGGCCAAUGGACAAAUACCUCGAGACUUUGUUGGGUCGUUGAAUCUACGGAUGAUCAAGACUGGACCGGCCACAUUCACCCUCGGCAAUUGCCAGCAACCACUCUAUACAUUACAGACAUACUCCACCAACGAGCUCUCUCUUGGCAGAAGUGACCCUUCCAAACCCAACAACGACGUACCUAUCAUGAUGAUGAGUCUCGAAGACCGCAUUCGCCGUGAGCAUCCCAACGACGGACUUGUCACCCUCCUUUUCCCCAGACUCGCUGCCAUGCUGGCAAUAGACCAAGCCGGGGAAAUAAGCAGACGGUACCACCUCUCUUACUCCGAAGCAGCAGAGGUUGAAGCCGAUGCUCUCAAACGCGCUGCAGACCAAGAAUCCUGCCGACUCUCCUGGAACCGGGCCCAACGACUCUACGAAUUUAGACAUCCAUCCCUCUCUCGACACAACCCACCCGCUCUCGUCGGCACCGCAGGAAUCCCACUGUCCCCCGUAAGAUCCCAGUCAUCGGGAAUGCUUCACAUCACAGUCUGCGCGCCAUCCAACAAUGUCGCCCCUCGUCAACCACCAACGAUAAUCGUCACCGUUCCGUCCUCUUCAACGGCAAUGGAAGCCGCACGGCAAGCUGCAAAUUCACGAACCUCCACUCUCCCAAUCCCAGACCACGACGAGCCACUCGCAUCCUUGGACUUCGCCACUAAGACACUCUCCAUCUCACCAGCAGCCGUGAUCACCACCAUCCCAUCCCUGUACGCUAUCGACUCCCUCAUCGCAGCGAUGUUAGCAGUUGCCGUCUCAGACGAGGCCACAAAUCCCAUAUUAGCAGACAUGGCCCUGGGCUCCCCGAAACCAUCGCGGCCAACCACUUCCCACAAGCCCGGCUCGUACUCGAUGCCCGUGUUCCAGGGUAAACUAGUCACGACAUUAGCCGAGCGCGCUGAUACAGCAGAGAGCGUGCAGUUAGCGUCGCAGAUUAAGUCAGCACAGAAGAAGUCAAAAGGCGACAAUGGGAAGAGAAGUACGUUCAAAUUUUGGAAUCGAGCUCCUUCUACGCAGACUUCGAACAAGAAGCAGCAGGUUGUUGUUGAGGAAUUCGAUUUAGAGAGUUAUGGUCGGUACGGGCCUAGUUCCUCGCGGGAGGGAACGGAGGUGCCUGGCAUUACGCGUAUGAUACUGCGGAUAUUGUUCUUUGGCUUGAAUUUGAUUGUCAAAGGGUUGACUCUUGUUGUUAAAGUCUUGGCUUGGCUGUUGGUUAACUCGACUCGGUGUCUGACCAGUGAAAAGUUUUGA